AUGGCGAUCACAGGGAGGAGGAGGUUGACCAAGGAAGAGCUGGGGAUACGAGAGGACGAGGAGCAGGAGAUCUUCGAAAGCCCUGGAAAUGUUCUCGACGAGGAUGGAGGAGAGGAUGAGCGGGAGCGGGAGAUGGAGAUCUCUCUCAUGGAGAAAGAGCUGGAAGUUGGGAGGCAAGCAACAUGCACCAACUUUGCUGCUCCCCUCCUCGCUGACUGCCCUCCUGCAGGAAGGGGGAGCAAGAAGGAGGUGACGGCUCUGACCGCUGAGAAGAAUUUCUCAAGCUCAGGUCAAAUGUGGAAGAGAGGAGAUUAUCGGGUCUUGGGGUGUGAGGAAAGGAGGUUCGAGACUCCUGUGGACCGAUACAGUAGAUUGGUGGCAGGUUUGGUGGAGCGGCUGAAAACUCUUGAUUCAAGAACAAACAGCAUUCCAGUGAGAGACAAGUCUGCGCCAAAGAGUGUCUUGGACGUCGUCGAGAACUUGAAGAAAUCGGACGUGGCGACCAAAACCGCAGAGCAGAACAAGGAGGAAGCGACUGACGUAGCACACAAACGGGAUGUUAUCAGCUUCCUGUCUCUGGACUCGCGCAUCUCGCAGCUUGAAAGGACCCUGGGAGACGGCGACAUGGCAGGCGUGUACCCUGACAUCAGUUGCGCUCUUGACAACUUGGAGAAGAGACUUGCUCUGGUGGAGCCUGGAACCCUCGAGGCGGUCGCGAAGCAAGUGAAUGCGCUCGAGCAGCGGUUGCAGAAAGUGGGGAGGAGUAGCCAGAAGCCCAGCAAGCCAUCAUCGCAGGGUGCAGAGGCUGAUUCCGAGUACAGUCAGCUAGCAGGACUCGCUGAGACUGUCGAGCGGUGGGACAGUGUGGCCAUGACGUUGCCUACCCUGAUACAGCGACUGCGAUCCUUGGGGAGUCUGCACGACGAGGCCAGCAGGAUAGUGUCUGACGUGGCAUCUCUCAGGAACUUGAGCUCAAGGACGUCGAGCCUGCUCGAAGCACAGGAGUCUGCGAUGGAGAAAGUCACGGCGUCGCUCGAGUCCAACAUGCAGGUGAUGGCGAGCAACCUUGCCAACCUGGAGGGGCGACUGGCUAAGCUAGAGCAAGGGAAGUAG